UCCCCUCAGCCCCGCCGUGAGGCAGCGGCAAGAUGGCGCUGGGCUCCCGCCAAGGCUGCCGCUGGUGCGGCCGCGCCGCCCUGGCACGGCCCAGGCGGCGGCGAGUCCCGCAGCCGGCCUGGUGCUCGGCGCGCCCGUACUCGGAGGGCGGCGGUGCUUCCGAGGCGGAGCUGCUGGAGGUGUGCUGGCGGCGGCUCUUCCUGCGGGGCGGCGCGGGGCCGCUGCCCUGGGGCGCCUACCUGAGCGGCCGGCACCCCGGCUUCGGGCCGCUGGGCGCGGCGCUGCGCGCCAACCUGGCGGCGCAGUGGUGGGACUCGGCGCUGCCCCUGCGGGAGCAGGUGUUCCCCGUGGAUGCCCCGCUCCACGGCCCGCCCGGCGCUCCGCGGGACGCGCGGGGGCUGCGGCUGCUGCACCCGGAGACGCUGCGCGAAGCCCUGCAGGGCUGUGGGCACGGCCCCGGCGGCUCGGCCCUGGAAGAAGUGCUGGGGGCCGCGGGGCUGCUGCGGGAGAGCCUCCUGCCCGGUGUUCUGGCGCAAUAUGUCAGCUGCUUAGAGCUGGUGAACAAAAGACUGCCCUGUGGCCUUGCUCAGAUUGGAGUGUGCUUUCAUUCUGUUCCAGAAAGUGAACAUUCUGUUUCAGGAAAUGAACAACACAACAAAAACCUUACAAGAAUAGGCGAGAGGACCACGUCUCUGCUUGCCUGGUUUAGUUCUCCCAGAACUUCAGGACAGUGGCUCGAUUACUGGCUGCGCCAGAGGCUCCAGUGGUGGAGAAAGUUUGCUGUAGGCCCGUCUAACUUCAGCAGCAGUGACUUCCAGGAUGAAGAAGGCAGAAGAGGAUUUAAGUUACAUUAUAGCUUUCCCUGGGGGACAGAAACAAUAGAAACCCUGAAGAACCUUGGUGAUACUGAACUGUUACAGCUGUAUCCAGGAGAGAGAUCUAAACUCCUUGGCCGAGAUGGAAGGAAGAAUGUCAUCCCUCAUGUUCUGUCUGUGAAUGGGAAUCUGGACCGAGGAGUGUUAGCUUAUCUCUUUGAUUCUCUGCAGGUAGCUGAGAAUCCAUUAACAGCAAAGAAAAAUUCUCAGAGGAAGGUACUUAAGCUUCAUCCUUGCUUAGCACCCCUUAAAGUGGCCUUGGAUGUAGGAAAAGGUCCAACAAUGGAGCUGAGGCAGGUUUGUCAAGGAUUGUUCAAUGAACUGACAGAAAAUGGAAUUUCUGUAUGGCCUGGUUACCUGGAAACUGUGCAUGUGUCUCUGGAACAUCUUUACACAAAGUACGAUGAGAUGAGCAUUCCCUUCAUGGUCUUGAUAAGUGAUGGCACUCUAGAGAAUGGAGUGGUCCAGCUGAGAAGCAGAGACACCACCAUGAAGGAAAUGAUGCACAUUUCCAGGCUGAAGGACUUUUUAAUUAAGUAUGUUACAUCUGCCAAAAAUGUGUAAGCUUAAACUUGUUGAAUAAAGGGAUUUUCUUAGA